CCUCUUUAAGGUUUCCUCAGGAAAAACAAUGACCUCGUGCACCCACCAGAAUACAUUUGUAUAACAGCCAUAUCUAAAAUAUCCCAUAAUAAACCCAACAAGCCCAUUUGCGCAAUUCCGCUGCCAUUUGGUUGAUACUUGAGCUGAAGGGGACAGAACGUGCAUCGACGGGUUUGUCUCCUCUCGUUCUUCCCAUUUUUCCUCCGUACACGGAAAGCUCCCUGCCCCCUGAUCCCUCAGGCGCCCGGAUGCACACCACCACCACCAGCAGCAGCAGCAGCAGCAGCAGUAGUCAGUCGGUCGGUCAGGCAGUCAGGACAAACAUGGUCUCUAGAGCUGGAGGAAGCGUUUAGGAAUCUCCGCGCUGAAAUUCGCCUCAUUGAAGCGAGGGCGCUUACACUGAUCCCCGAAGCACGUUAAAGCAUCCCCGGAGGACUGAUUUCUCUUCUCGCUGAAGGCAUCUUUGUGGACAGGACACUUAGAGGGCCAAACAAUGGAAUGCUCUCUCCUGCCUACACUGCUCAGCACUCAACAGACUGAGGUUAAACAGCUUAGUUAGCAGUGUGCCUCUCCCACAAGAACUUUUAGCCUGGGGAAAGUUGGGAGAAAAACCAGCGAAGGAGAAUUUCCUUCAUAGUAAAGCAUCUUACUCCCGUUCUUUGUAGUUGCUCGCUUGGGAUUCAUUUGAAAGCUUUGCGUGAACAAAAAUCAAGAUGGAUUUGGAACCAUACCUGUGGAUGGUCGUGCUUGGCUUCAUUAUAGCCUUCAUCCUGGCAUUUUCAGUGGGGGCCAAUGACGUGGCAAACUCGUUUGGCACAGCGGUCGGGUCAGGGGUGGUGACACUACGUCAGGCCUGCAUCCUGGCUUCCAUAUUUGAGACCCUUGGCUCCAUUCUGCUCGGUGCCAAGGUCGGGGAAACCAUUCGGAAGGGAAUUAUAGAUGUCAGUUUAUACAAUGAGACCGUGCCGAUAUUGAUGGCGGGAGAGGUCAGCGCCAUGGUUGGGUCUGCGGUUUGGCAGCUCAUUGCCUCUUUUCUGAAGUUGCCCAUUUCUGGAACUCAUUGCAUUGUGGGAUCUACUAUUGGCUUCUCCAUGGUUGCUAUUGGCACUAAAGGAGUGCAGUGGAUGCAGUUAGUCAAAAUUGUUGCUUCAUGGUUCAUCUCCCCUCUGCUGUCUGGUCUCAUGUCUGGUCUGCUUUUCUUCAUCAUCAGAUAUUUAAUUCUUAGCAAGGAUGACCCUGUUCCCAAUGGUCUCCGUGCUUUGCCCCUCUUCUAUGCGUCAACCAUCGGAAUCAACACGUUCUCCAUCAUGUACACUGGAGCUCCCUUACUGGGCUUGGAGAUGCUCCCCGUUUGGGCUAUUGCCCUCAUUACCUUGGCUGGUGCUCUGUUAUGUGCUGGUCUGGUCUGGAUUUUCGUUUGCCCCUGGAUGAGAAGGAAAAUUGCAAGUCGGCUGAAGAAAGCGCAUGCUCUUUCCCGCAUCUCUGAUGAGAGCUUGGAUAAAAUCCCAGAGGAGGAAGAGGAAGCCCCCGUCUUUAAAGAGCUUCCAGGUGCAAAAAGCAUCAACGAUGCUGUGCUGCCCCUGACAGAGGAGUCCACAGGAGAGCUGAACAGCCUGGCUAAUGGAGGCACUGUCCUGCCCCACGGCAGAGUGUAUGGUCGCACUAACUCCAUGACCAACGGCUGCCUCAAGUCACCCGUGUCCAAUGGGGCCUUCAGCUUUGACGGACACAUGCGCAGCGAUGGCCAGGUCUAUCACACCGUUCACAAGGAUUCUGGUCUCUACAAGGACCUCCUACACAAGAUCCACCUGGGCCGCCUGGAAGACGAGCGCAGCGGCUCGCGUCCCGACAACAGCUACCGUCACCUCCGCCGCAACAACAGCUAUACAUGUUACACAGCAGCCAUCUGCGGCAUGCCGAUGCAGCCCCUGAUACGGUCGGAGGCCAACGCCCCUCCUCCAGAGGACAGCGAGAAGCUAGUGGGCGAUACGGUCUUCUAUUCGAAGAAGCGAUUGCGCUAUGACAGCUAUUCCAGCUACUGUAACGCGGUUGCGGAGGCUGAGAUUGAAGCGGAGGAAGGUGACGUGGAUGUGAAGUUGGCGGCAGACAAAAGGGAGCCCCGGGCCCCUGUUGAAGCGGUGCUUGAGGACUGCGUUGAUGAGGACAAGGAGGAGAAGGACAAUCCGCAAAUCUUCCUGCUCUUUCACUUCCUGCAAAUCCUCACCGCCUGUUUCGGAUCGUUUGCACAUGGUGGGAAUGAUGUCAGUAACGCGAUUGGUCCUUUGGUGGCCCUGUGGAUGAUUUACGAGCAGGGUGGGGUGAUGCAGGAUGCGGCCACACCGGUCUGGCUGCUAUUAUAUGGUGGCAUAGGAAUCUGUGCUGGACUGUGGGUUUGGGGUCGACGUGUCAUUCAAACAAUGGGCAAAGACCUCACACCCAUCACCCCCUCCAGUGGAUUUUGCAUUGAAGUAAUGAGCGCUCUAACAGUGCUCGUUGCCUCAAAUGUGGGCGUCCCUAUAAGCUCCACCCACUGCAAGGUGGGCUCAGUGGUGGCGGUGGGCUGGAUCCGCUCCAAGAAGGCUGUGGACUGGCAUCUCUUCCGGAACAUCUUCCUGGCCUGGUUUGUGACCGUCCCUGUAGCAGGCCUCUUCAGCGCUGCUGUCAUGGCCCUGUUUGUCUACGGCAUACUGCCUUACGUUUGAGGUGGAAAAUGGGGAAGAGAGGGAGGUAUAGGAAGGUAAUGACGAAAAAAAAUAAAACCGAGACACAGACAGAAAAAAAAAAAUAUCAAGAUAUAAGACAUAAGCCAGAGGGUGGGGGGAGUCUUCAAAUGCUGCCUGGAAAAGCAUCCAGAAUCCUUCGACUUAAAUAUCCUUAAUCUUGUCAAGAGUAUUUAUUUCCGUUUCAUUUUUUCUAUUGUUUUGUUGACGUGUUACCAUAAACUCUUGAUUUCAAAUCGUGUAUUUUCAAAGUUCCAAAAAAUAGC